AUGCCGGCGGGCAUGACGAAGCAUGGCUCGCGCUCCACCAGCUCGCUGCCGCCGGAGCCCAUGGAGAUCGUGCGCAGCAAGGCGUGCUCGCGCCGGGUGCGCCUCAACGUCGGGGGCCUGGCGCACGAGGUGCUGUGGCGCACUCUGGACCGCCUGCCCCGCACGCGGCUGGGCAAGCUCCGGGACUGCAACACGCACGACUCUCUGCUCCAGGUGUGCGACGACUACAGCCUCGAGGACAACGAGUACUUCUUCGACCGCCACCCUGGCGCCUUCACCUCCAUUCUCAACUUCUACCGCACCGGCCGGCUGCACAUGAUGGAGGAGAUGUGCGCGCUGAGUUUCAGCCAGGAGCUGGACUAUUGGGGCAUCGAUGAGAUCUACCUGGAGUCCUGCUGCCAGGCCCGCUACCACCAAAAGAAGGAGCAGAUGAACGAGGAGCUGAAACGCGAGGCCGAGACGCUGCGGGAGCGGGAGGGCGAGGAGUUCGACAACACGUGCUGUGCUGAGAAGAGGAAGAAACUCUGGGACCUCCUGGAGAAGCCCAACUCGUCCGUGGCCGCCAAGAUCCUGGCCAUCAUCUCCAUCAUGUUCAUCGUCCUCUCCACCAUCGCCCUGUCCCUCAACACGCUGCCUGAGCUGCAGAGCCUGGACGAAUUCGGCCAGAGCACUGACAACCCGCAGCUGGCACACGUGGAGGCGGUGUGCAUCGCGUGGUUCACCAUGGAGUAUCUGCUGAGGUUCCUGUCCUCGCCCAAGAAAUGGAAGUUCUUUAAGGGCCCCCUCAAUGCCAUUGACUUACUGGCCAUCCUGCCCUACUAUGUCACCAUCUUCCUCACGGAAUCCAACAAGAGCGUGCUGCAGUUUCAGAAUGUGCGCCGUGUGGUCCAGAUCUUCCGCAUCAUGCGUAUCCUCCGAAUCUUGAAGCUGGCCCGACACUCCACCGGCCUGCAGUCCUUAGGCUUCACACUGCGCAGGAGCUACAACGAGCUGGGCUUGCUCAUCCUCUUCCUCGCCAUGGGUAUCAUGAUCUUCUCCAGCCUGGUCUUCUUUGCAGAGAAGGAUGAGGAUGACACCAAGUUCAAAAGCAUCCCCGCCUCUUUCUGGUGGGCUACCAUCACCAUGACGACCGUUGGUUAUGGAGACAUCUACCCUAAGACUCUCCUGGGGAAAAUCGUGGGGGGCCUCUGUUGCAUCGCCGGGGUCCUGGUGAUUGCCCUCCCCAUCCCCAUUAUUGUCAACAACUUCUCCGAGUUCUACAAGGAGCAGAAGCGCCAGGAGAAAGCCAUCAAGCGGAGAGAGGCUCUGGAGAGGGCCAAGAGGAACGGCAGCAUCGUGUCCAUGAACAUGAAGGAUGCCUUCGCCCGGAGCAUCGAGAUGAUGGACAUCGUGGUCGAGAAAAAUGGAGAGAAUGUGGCUAAGAAGGACAAAGUGCAGGACAACCACCUGUCUCCCAACAAGUGGAAAUGGACCAAGAGGGCACUUUCUGAGACCAGCUCCAGUAAAUCCUUCGAAACCAAGGAGCAGGGAUCCCCCGAGAAGGCCAGGUCCUCGUCUAGUCCACAGCACCUGAACGUCCAGCAGUUGCAAGACAUGUACAGUAAGAUGGCCAAGACCCAGUCUCAGCCCAUCCUCAAUACCAAGGAGAUGGCACCACAGAGCAAGCCGCAGGAAGAACUGGAGAUGGGCAGCAUGCCCAGCCCCGUGGCUCCCCUGCCCACCCGCACAGAGGGUGUCAUCGACAUGCGGAGUAUGUCCAGCAUUGACAGUUUCAUCAGCUGCGCCACAGACUUCCCUGAAGCCACCAGAUUCUCCCACAGUCCUCUGGCAUCCCUCUCCAGCAAGGCUGGGGGCAGCACAGCCCCAGAGGUGGGCUGGCGGGGGGCUCUGGGUGCCAGCGGCGGGAGACUCAUGGAGACCAACCCCAUCCCUGAGGCCAGCCGCUCUGGUUUCUUCGUUGAGAGCCCCAGGAGUUCCAUGAAGACCAACAACCCCAUGAAGCUGCGAGCCCUCAAGGUCAACUUCAUGGAGGGUGACCCCACCCCGCUGCUGCCCUCUCUGGGCUUGUAUCACGAUCCUCUUAGGAACAGAGGAGGCGCGGCAGCCGCAGUCGCAGGACUGGAGUGUGCCUCCCUCUUAGAUAAGCCUGUCCUGAGCCCGGAGUCUUCCAUCUACACCACAGCAAGUGCCAGGACGCCCCCUCGCUCCCCGGAGAAACACACAGCAAUAGCAUUCAACUUCGAGGCGGGGGUCCACCAGUACAUAGACACUGACACAGAUGACGAGGGUCAAUUGCUCUACAGCGUGGACUCCAGUCCUCCCAAGAGUCUCCACGGGAGUACCAGCCCCAAGUUGAGCAUUGGCGCUAGAACAGAGAAGAACCACUUUGAGAGUUCCCCCUUACCAACCUCCCCUAAGUUCUUAAGGCCGAACUGUGUCUACUCCUCAGAAGGGUUGACUGGAAAAGGCCCUGGGGCUCAAGAGAAAUGCAAGCUGGAGAACCACACCUCCCCCGACGUGCACAUGCUGCCUGGGGGAGGAGCACAUGGGAGUACUCGGGAUCAGAGUAUCUGAGCUCCCUACCACAGAGGGCAUUUGCAGGAGAAAACGAGGAAGAGGGAUGCUUGGCUUGCCUGCCGCUGAGUUCUGCGUGAACUCGGAGACCCAAGCCCCCCCCCCCCUACAGAGCCCCAGCGACAGGAGAGACCCCGAGAGCCAUGACAAGUCUGUGGACAGCAACAAGUCACAGGGACCACACCUAACAGCAUCUUCCUGAGAUGGCAAGAGCAGAGCUGACAGCCACCACUAAGACCUAGCCCAGGCCACACACUUCCUCGUCUCCUCUAGAUGCUCUCUCAGCCUCUGAGGGCGCCAUCAGCAUCUCUCAUGGCUUCAGCUGAGGCGGGUGUUGGAGCAAGGGGCUGCUAGUGAAAGAGUGGACUGACCAAGCAGUAUUGGGUGUCACCCCUCCUGUUAGAAGGGUACAGAGGACACUUGAUCAUGGGGAAGUCUCCCCUACAUCAGCCACACUCCUAGGGCAUAAACGCUUAAACAAGCAAGCGGCUCGAAUGAUUCAGUAUUCUGUGGUACCUGGGGCUUUUUCCUGAGACGCUGUCAGGGUGAGCUGACAAUUUAGACUCAACUCUUUUCUGCCCACCUGGCAUUCCAGGAAGGAAGGGUUCCUACGGCUGGCACUCAGCCCAGGGGAUAUAAGCCAGGGCUGUCACAGGAAAGUGGGUUCCAAACAGCGCCAGCCUGGACUGAAGACAUACACAAGCAUCAAACAUGCAAACGAGAUAGAUUAUUCAAUGAAACUGUGUGUGACUGAAAAACAACAUUAAAAAAUAAUAAAUUUCAUUUUCUACAU